GCCCCGUUCCGGUUACGAAAGGAGCGGCUCGGCCCUUUCGCUUCCCCGUCCUUCCCCCUCCCCGCCCCCGGGGGAAUCGGGCCCGGGCCCGCGGGAUGGGGUGGGCGCUGCUGGGCGCCGCGCUGCUGCUGGCCGUUUACACGCUGCUCCGCCGCGGGCGGCGCCGCUCCCCGCCGCCCCGCACCCCGCUCCGCGGCCGCACCGCCAUCGUCACCGGGGGAAGCGGCGGCAUCGGGGCGGCCACGGCGCUGGAGCUGGCGCGCUGCGGGGCCCGCGUCGUGCUGGCGGCCCGUAACGCCCCGCGGGGGGAGGCUGCCGCCCGCCGCAUCCGCACGAUGUGCCCACAGGAGACGGGGAACCCGGAGGUGCUGUUCAUGCAGCUGGACCUGGCCAGCCUGCGCUCGGUGCGAGCCUUCGCCAGCGCCUUCCUGCGCCAGGAGCCCCACCUGCACCUCCUCAUCAACAACGCGGGGGUGAGCGCCGGGGGCACGACGGAGGACGGCUUCAGCCUCUCCUUCCAGGUGAACCACCUCGGCCAUUUCCUCCUCACCCAGCUGCUGCUGGAGCGGCUGCGGAGCUGCGGGCCCAGCCGCGUCGUCAUCGUCGCCUCCCGCGCCCACUGCGCCGGCCGCCUGCGCCCCGAAACCCUGGGUCACCCCCCGCCCCCGGGGCCGCUGUCGACCUUCCAGGACUACUGCGACAGCAAACUGGCCAACGUGCUGCACGCCCGCGAGCUGGCCACCCGGCUGCGGGGCACCCAGGUGACGUGCUACGCUGUGCACCCAGGGUUCGUCAACACGGAGCUCUUCCGCCACGCGCCGCUCUGGCUGAAGCCGCUUUUCCUGCCCCUGGUCUGGCUCUUCUUCCUCGACGCGGCCGAAGGCGCGCAGACCUCCUUGCACUGCGCCACGCGGGACGGCCUCGAGCGCUUCAGCGGCCGCUACUUCGCCGACUGCCGCCUCCAGGAGCCGUGGCCACCGGGCCGCGAUGACCAGCUAGCCCGGGCGCUCUGGGAGGCCAGCGAGAGGCUGGUGGGGCUGGGGAGGGCCGGGGGAAGCCCCUCGCCUGCGCCCCUGCAAUAAAAGCAAGGGUGGCGGAAGGGA